CCUCGCGGGUUGGCCUCCACCUUGUUCAGCCUCCUCUCGUCUUAUGUCCCAGCUACUUCCAUGGGACCACCACAGGUACCAUCAUAGAUUUUGUCCUUUCACCAACUGUCUCUUCCAAAGCCCCCUCUGCUUUAAGGCCCUGGUUAACUGUCUUUUGGGGCCAGCAACUUCCUGUUUGUCCUGUCAUCGUCGUCCGUAGUCAUCUAGCAUCGUCCUGGCCUUUACGGUUCGAGUAGCCAUUAUCAUCGUUAACCCAACUCAUUCAAGGCCUUGGUGAGGGAUCUGAUAGUGUCAUGUCUGCCACAGGGUAUCAAGAUCCAACCAGAGAGACCCGAGAUAACCCAGUAGCCCUUGAGGGAGAGUGGGUACAAGAAGCUGCAGGGGGCAGCGAGAUAGAUCACGAGUCCGGCCACGAUGGGGCCUCUGCUACACCUGCCCUUGAAGAAAUGGUGGCCGUUCAUCCUAGGGGGGUGGACAAUGUUGGGCCUGAAAGAAACCAGGAAGAAGCGGGUGAUAGGAGAGAGGGCAUGGAUGUUGAGGAAGACUCAGAUAUUGAACCUGUUGAGGAGGAGGGAGGAGAGGAGGAGAUGGAAAAUUUAAGAGAUCGAGAAGUGGUGGAUGCUCAUCGAUUCCCAAUGGCUGGCUUCCGAUUUAUGUUCCUGGAUGUGAUCCAUGCCAUUCUCAACCGUGUCUAUUACAACAACCAUGCCACGAUUAGGCGCCCCCGUGAAGACGACAGAGUGAUGGAAACACCUGGCCCUUCUGCAUCUGGCCACUCAAGUGAGGUCCAAGUACCAUCCGGGCCCAUUCCAUCAACAGUGAGGGCCGCGGAGUAUGAGGGCCAGGCCUCAUACUCUUCAGGCCUGGCCCGAGACCUGCCGGAGAUUAUCUCUACAUUUCCGGAGCUGGAGGAGCUUCUAGACAUCGAGGAAGAAGAUUAUUACCUGCCAGAGCCACGUCAUUGCAUGCAGGCACCAUCUGUUAGGGCAGCAGCCGAGGAGCAAGCAGGAGAAGAGAUGGCAGCAAAGGCGACAGAAGAAGAGCCAAAAAAGGAAGUGCUAGAGCAAGUCAUGACUUCAGAGGGUGCAUGCCAUUGUAGUGCCUGGAAUGACGAGUGCAACAUCUUUGAGGAGGAGGAAGGAAAAGGAGAAGAACAGAAGAACCAAGAAGCACAUGAUGAAGUUGGCCCAGAUCCAGCAGACUGCAGCACCGGAAAAUCCAGUUGAGUGCUCCAUAAAGCAUGCAGAAGCCAAGUGCCCAGGACGUUAAGAAGAAUAGGAAGAAAAGGAUGAAGAAGAAAGGCUUCUUGAAUGUAACCAGCAACGUUUCAUCACCAAUGUCUUUAAGUUCGUUAUCUGAUAGUGAUAGUUCUCCUUAUGAAUUUAACAUCGUUCUCUCAAGUUCCAAACGAAACAGUUUCGUGCGAUAAAAUAAAACCUAGGCAUGAUUUAGAAGCAGCACUGUAA